CAACGAUGGUGUUUCGUGCCAGGGUGCGAUGGAGGCUACAAAGGGUGUGCAGAUAAGGUAUCCCUUUUUCGUGCGCCGAGCAAUCGUGAGAUGUUCGAGAAGUGGGCACGUGCAAUCCCCAGGGCGGACAAGCCACUCGAAGAAAACUCCGCUGUAUGCGAAAAGCAUUUUGACGAGAGAUUCGUUGUGCGUGCCUUUAAGCACCAAGUAAACGGCCAAGAGGUAUUGAUACCACGUGACAUCCCUACCCUGACGGAAGAUGCAUUUCCGACUGUUUUCCCUAACCUUCCGAAGUACAUCAGCAAGACUCUCCCGAAAGCAAGGAAAAGGCGGAUCACUACAUCACUCCACGCUGUGCCAGCAAAGGCAAACUGCAGUUCACAAAAUGAAGUCUCCCCUAGUGGAUCUGGAGAACUGGAUGGGACUCAAGAACACCAUCAUGAAGAACUCAACGGUUCUGAAGUACCGGCUAAGACCCAUCAAUGUCCUCACCGUGAAACACUUGCAGUGCCUGCAAGGGGAGAUUUCGCUCAUCAUUUGCGCUGCCCAUCACAUCACUGGUACAAGCAGACACUUGAAAGUGGCAGCGUGGUGUCAUACCAAACUACCGUGUUUGACAAAACGAAAACACCGCCUGUCGAGUUAAGCAAGAUUGUUGUCUUCGAGCACGAGUCAACAAGGCCAUCUGCGAGGUGCAGCAUUUUCUUCUCUGGGCUGCUUCACAAGGUAAAGAAUGUUGAAUCAGAAGAAGAAGCUCAGGAAGCGCUUAACUACACAGAAGACACUUCGCUGUGUGUUGGCAUUGGGGGAACCACCGAGUUCCAGCUAUUGGACCAGAAGUUCAAAGGCAUCGCAUCACGACAGCAGUUGUUCUCGAAACACUGUGACGGAUCAGCACCCACAGGCACAGGUGGAUCACGUUGUUUGUCAUGCAAAUACAGCAGGAACCUUCUAAUGACACGCUUGCGGCGUAUGAAAAAGCAGCCCGCACAUCCAGUCAGCGUUUCGAAACAAAGACUCAGACAGGCUGUGCGAAGGCUAAGACGGAGGACCAAGAAAGUUCUUUCGUUACUUGACCGUCUCAAACUACUUCAGGAAAAGAAUGUCUCCAUCACUGAAGGGGCUCUUGAGGCACAGAUCAAAAAGCUUCCACAGAAACAGCAGUUCGCAGUGCGGGCCUGCUUUGAAGCAUCGCAGCGUAGAUCCCUGCGUGGGUACCGCUACAGCAAACAGUGGCUCUUGGAAUGCAUCAUCCUACGAAUGAAAAGUGCCCGUCUCUACGAGCAUUUAAGGCGUCAUAAGAUCCUGGUGCUCCCAAGCCGUGUCUGCCUCUUCAAGUACAUCAAGAAAUUCAAGGCAUCGUAUGGCUUCAGCCAACAGCUGUUGAAUUCAGUGAAGAUCAAGCUGCAAGGAAUGGAUGACAUGAAGCGACAUGGAGGCCUUGUCAUAGAUGAAAUUAAACUUUCGUCACACCUGGACAUGACUGCCUCUACACGUAUUGAAGGCUUUGUCGACCUCGGACAGUUUUCUCAGGAAGUGGACAAGCAUGUUAGGGCGGACCAUGGUCUUGUGGUGAUGUUUCAACCAUUUAUUGGCAAAUGGACUCAAAUAAUUGGUGUCUUUGCUUCUGCCAGCAAUGUUAAGUCAAAGCUUCUGACAAAGAUUGUGGUUGAAGCAACACUGCUUUGUGAACAAGUUGGACUGUAUGUGGAUUACAUCUGCUCAGAUGGAGCAUCCUGGAACCGUGCCAUGUGGCACGACCUUGGCGUUCAUGGGUCAUUGAAGUCCGUGGAAUGCAAAGUUCUUCACCCGUAUGACGAGCAAAGAUUUUUGUACUUUAUGUCUGAUUUCCCCCACCUCAUGAAGUGUGUCCGUAACUUAAUGAUGAAACAUGGGUUCAACACGCAUGAAGGACGGGCUCACUGGGAACACGUUUCAUCGACAUGGAAGUGUGACAACAGUGUCACCUUCAAAGUGGCUCAUAAAUUGACUCGAGCUCACAUCUUUCCUGACGGCUUUCAGAAGAUGAGAGUUGACUUGGCUUUCCAGGUUUUUAGUCCGCUUGUUGUGCGAGCCAUGUCCUUCUAUGAAGAUAAGAUAGAAGCCCAAUACCCUAACCUUAGGCCGACCAAGGUUUUCAUCACUCUGAUGGCCGACCUCAUUGAGGUCAUGACAUCAAGACCUGGCAGCAAAAAGGCGGCGGUGCUGGACAGAGUGCUGCAGUUUCUUGGCGCAUGGGAAGUGCACGCCGGAAGACUGGGUUUUCUCAGCACGAGCACGGCAGAAGGUCUCCGUGUGAGCCUGCAUGCCACGAAAGACCUCCUUAAGUAA